CAAUUGUCGAUGCCUUAUCUGAUGCCCAACCUGACACGGAAGCAAUCACCAGAGCCAAGUCUGAUGAUACGCCAGCCAGUGGGACCACUCAUACCACCACGCCAACUGGUCCAAACAAGAGGAGGAAGGAAACACACGAAAGUCCUGCUACGAAUGGUGCCAAUGGCCACCUCAGCUCUCCAGCCAAAGCUCCCGUAACACAGCCAAAAGCCAAAACUCCACCAACUUCAACAC